AUGGAAGAGGCAGAAAAGGAGAUCGACCUUGAUGACGUUCCGCCUGAGUUCUUGGAUCCAAUUAUGGCCGAUCUGAUGGUCGAUCCGGUUAUGCUGCCGUCUAGCAAAGUUGUCGUCGACAGACGCAACAUCGAACGUCACCUCAUGUCCGAGCCCUCCGACCCAUUCAACAGAGCCCCCUUGACGAGGGAUCAGUUGGUGCCGCAGCCAGAGCUGAAGAAAGCCAUAGAGGCCUUCACGGAGGCAAAGAGGAAAGCAGCGGCCUCAAGCAAGGCCUCUAGCAGCUAG